UCACAUUUAUUAGAGCUUACCAUAGCAGACGGCGAUCUUGCCCACGUCGGUGCCCGCGUCGAUGCAGUUCGCCUGGACGUUGCCGCCGUGGAGGACGCCGGGCACGAUCUGCACGCGCUCAAAGCGGGCGCUGAGGAUGACGAUGUUGCAGCCCGAGCAGUAGGCGGUGAAGUGGAUACCUUCGACGCUGCCCGACGAGGUAUUGACAUCAACCACAAGAACGACCGGAAGGUCCGUCGUACGGCGCCGAAGAGCCAGGAUCCCUACCUGCUCCUGCUCGUCAAGCUGUACCGCUUCUUGGCUCGUCGAACCAACUCCAAGUUCAACAAGAUCAUCCUCAAGCGACUCUUCAUGAGCAAGAUCAACCGCCCGCCGCUGUCCCUGCGACGACUGGCCUCGCACAUGAGCAGCGACGCUCGCCAGGAGAAGAUCGCCGUCAUCGUGGGCACCGUCACCGACGACGCCCGCCUCUUCGACGUGCCGAAGCUCUCCGUGGCCGCCCUCAACGUGACCAAGGGCGCCCGGGCGCGCAUCCUCAAGGCCGGCGGUGAGAUCAUCACCCUCGACCAGCUGGCCACCCGCGCCCCCACCGGCAAGAACACCGUCCUCCUGCAGGGGCCGCGAAACGCCCGCGAGGCAGUGCGCCACUUCGGCCUGGCGCCCGGCGUGCCGCACAGCAGCACCAAGCCGUACGUGCGCGCCAAGGGCCGCAAGUUCGAGCGAGCCCGCGGUCGACGUGCCUCCCGAGCCUACAAGAAGUAA